AUGAUACCGCGACAUUCUCCAGCAACACUCUUUGUCAGACAGUCUCGGGACUCGUCAUUCUUCCAGUAUCUGGAAGACUUCCGUGCAUAUCGCUUGUUGUCAGGUGCGUAUCUGACCACCCAUCGCGCCUACUUGAUGCUCAAGUCCUCCCCGCUAUUACCACCUAUGAUCUUUGUUUCAUCUCCGCAACGGCACGAGGAAGAUGCGUUGGUGGUGGUGAAGCAGCUCGACCGUCUUCGACAGCAAAAUUUCGCGGUUUGGCUAAGCGUCGUUACACUCGCGCUGGCCUGUCAAGACAGACGUCUCCUUGCCCCCAUGUCCGCUGAAGAACACUUGCGGUGGCCGACGGCAAUACAAACGACCCAUCUCAUCUGCGCUCGACCAGCUCGACAAGCACGUUGGAAGCCACAUGAACAACAAUAUUUCCUCUCACACAACAUAGCCAUACCUCCGUGUCUCGUCGUCAGCUGUUCCGCUUCCUGCACGCCCAAGUCAAUCGAAAUCUUGGUCCACAUAUGGGAAGUCACGUGCACACCCGCCCGGCGAAAGACGUCCACAUAUCUUGCCCGACACGGCAGCUAG